ACUUGCCUGCGGGAGGUGGGGGUCUCGGUUGACCGGACCUACGUGCCCUCUGCCGCGGGGGGGUCAGGGAUGAUGUUUCAGUGCGUUUCCUCCGUUUAGGUUCACUUUAUUUCCCGGUUUCGUUCCGUAGCUGAGUCCACCGGGAGUGAGCGGCACGCUGCCCCGUCCCAGGUUGUCGGUGGGGUCCUGAGGCGGGUUCUUUAGGCUGUCCCGUUAUUUUGCCUGUGUGUUCAGAUCUCGCCAGAGGAGCCAUGACAGAGUUCCAGGAGAAGCUCCGCCAGCAGCACGAGGAGUCGAUGCAUCGUGAGCUGGAGGCGCUGCUCGCCACCGCCAACAAGGAGGAAGCGGAGAUCUCCAGGAAAGACUUUGACGGCUUCAAGAAGCUCUUCCACAGAUUCCUGCAGGUCAAAGGUCCCUCAGUCAAUUGGGCCAAAAUCAACCGUCCACCCGAGGACUCGAUCCAGCCCUAUGACAGGAUCAAGGCCAAAGGACUCCCUGAUGACAUCACCACCAGUCUCAACAAGCUGGUGGUGGUCAAACUGAACGGAGGACUUGGAACCAGCAUGGGCUGCAAGGGCCCCAAGAGCCUGAUCAGCGUCCGCAAUGAAAACACCUUCCUGGACCUGACGGUGCAGCAGAUCGAGCAUCUGAACAAAACGUUCAACACAGACGUGCCGCUUGUUCUCAUGAACUCCUUCAACACUGACGAAGACACCAAGAAGAUCCUGCAGAAGUACUCGCACCACCGAGUCAACAUCCACACUUUCAACCAGAGCAGAUAUCCAAGGAUCAACAAGGAGUCUCUGCUCCCGAUUGCCAAGGGCAUGGGUCUGAACGGCGCCAACACGGAGGCCUGGUACCCACCGGGUCACGGAGACAUCUACGCCAGCUUUCACAAUUCAGGACUGCUAGACAAACUCCUCGCCGAAGGCAGAGAGUACAUCUUUGUUUCCAACAUCGACAACCUGGGAGCCACGGUCGACCUCUUCAUCCUCCACCAUCUGAUGAGCCUGCCGGCCGACAGGCGCUGCGAAUUUAUCAUGGAGGUCACGGACAAGACCCGUGCCGACGUAAAGGGUGGAACUCUGAUCCAGUAUGAGGACCAUCUGAGGCUUCUGGAGAUCGCUCAGGUCCCAAAGGCCCACGUGGACGAAUUCAAGUCUGUCACCAAGUUCAAGAUCUUCAACACCAACAACCUGUGGAUCUCUCUGCCCGCCAUUAAGAGGCUACAGGAAAAGAACGCCAUGGACAUGGAGAUCAUCGUCAACCCCAAGACGUUGGACGGCGGACUGAAUGUCAUCCAGCUCGAGACAGCGGUGGGCGCCGCCAUCAAGAGCUUCAAAAACGCCAUGGGGGUGAACGUUCCCCGCAGCCGCUUCCUGCCGGUGAAAACGUCGUCCGACCUGCUGCUGGUGAUGUCAAACCUGUACAGCCUGGACGCCGGCUCGCUUACCAUGAGCAAGAAGAGAGAGUUCCUCACCACGCCACACGUCAAGCUGGGGAGCUCCUUCACCAAGGUCCAGGAGUUUCUGAAGAGGUUUGAAAACAUCCCAGACAUGUUAGAGCUCGACCACCUCACGGUGUCUGGAGACGUCACCUUCGGGAAGAACGUCUCUCUGAAGGGUACUGUCAUCAUCAUUGCAAAUCAUGGCGACCGCAUCGAUAUUCCCGCCGGAGCGGUGCUGGAGAACAAGAUUGUUUCAGGAAACCUGCGGAUCCUGGACCACUGAGGAUCCCCAGAGAAAACUGCCAUCAGAAACAAAACCGCGAGCACUCGAAGAAGAGACUCGAAUUCUUCUGAGGACUGUUUAAAUGUAAGAAGGUCAGCCUGUCGGGUCUUUAAUGUCUUCUCUGUAGACCUGAAGCUCCUUAGAAGGAAACUGGGUUGAUCGCUGCUGUGGCCUCUUUUUUAAUAAAGAAGGAAGUCUGGGUCA